UGAAAACUUCAGUAAUUCAUCUUCAUUUGAAAUGUAGCAUAAAAAUAAAGAAUCGAAUUUACAUUUUCAGAGUUUGAUCAUCUCCUGUUUCUUCGUUUGGAUUAAUAAAUACCUCCAGGCUCAUGGUGACGCUCAUGGACACGUCGCCCAAACCCGGGGCGUCCCAGGUCUCCGACGUGGUGUUCGUCAUCGAGGGGACGGCCAACCUCGGCCCGUACUUCGAGUCCCUGCGCAAGAACUACAUCCUGCCCGCGAUCGAGUAUUUUAACGGCGGUCCACCCGCUGAGACGGACUUCGGCGGAGACUAUGGUGGUACCCAGUAUGGACUGGUGGUGUUUAAUACAGUGGACUGCGCUCCGGAGUCGUAUGUCCAGUGCUACGCUCCCACCAGCUCUGCGUUCGAGUUCGUGUCCUGGAUCGACAGCAUCCAGUUCAUGGGAGGAGGGGCGGAGAGCUGCAGCCUGAUCGCCGAGGGUCUCUCCGUGGCCCUGCAGCUCUUCGACGACUUCAAGAAGGUCCGCGAGCAGAUAGGUCAGACUCACAAGGUGUGUGUGCUGCUGUGCAACUCGCCGCCGUACCUGCUGCCCGCCGUGGAGAGCGUCAGCUACACCGGCUGCACCACCGACGGCCUCGUCCAGAUCAUCCGAGACAGAGGAAUCCAUUUCUCGGUGGUCGCCCCGCGUAAGCUGCCGGCGCUGCGAGCCCUGUUCGAGCGAGCCUCUCCGGUGGGGGCGCCGGAGUCCUCGCACCCGGACUACAGUCAGGACCCGUUCCACAUGGUGCUCAUCCGUGGCAUCUCGCUCCCAGUGGCGCUCGGCGGCGGUUCUGGACCCGUCCCGCUGAAACCGGUCUUACCUCCGCAGCCCCUCGCCGUCCAGCCGGCUCCGAUCGGCUCCGCCCCCCAGCCUGCUCCUCCGAUCAGCGCCGCUCUGUCAUAUCAGCCGAUUCCUCAGCCCCCUCUAAUGGCGGCGGCGGCGGCAGCAGCCAAGGUCGUGGAGGCGGCGAGCAUCCAGAAGACUCGCUUCCCAGGUAUGGUCAAUCCACCCUUCAGUACCCAGCCUCAGCUGCCCACUGUGGGCGGAGUCAAACUGGCGCCGGCUAGCCAGCCCAGCCUGUCCACGGUCACCACGGUGUCCACGCCCAUGUUACCGCAGCAACAGCCUCAACCUCCCGUACAGCAGCAGCAACAGCAGCAACAGCAGCAGCAGCAGCAGCAGCAGCCGCAGCCACAGGUCCUGCCUCCCGGGCAGCCGGCACCCAAUCAGCAGCCUCCUCAGGCUCUUCAGCAGCCCAACCCAGCCAAUCCGCAGGUGCCGCCGUCUUCUCAGCCCGGCAUGCCCGGCGUCUCUGCUCAGCAGCCUGGAACCAAUUCCAUCGCUGGUCAGCCUGGGGUGCCCAACAAGGUGGUGGCCUGGAGCGGAGUCCUGGAAUGGCAAGAGAAGCCCAAAGCCUCCUCCAUGGACUCCAACACCAAACUGACCCGCUCGCUGCCCUGCCAAGUACAAGUCAAUCAGGGAGAGAACCUGAACACUGAGCAGUGGCCUCAGAAGCUGAUCAUGCAGCUCAUCCCUCAGCAGCUGUUGACAACGCUGGGUCCUCUCUUCAGGAACUCUCGGAUGGUUCAGUUUCUCUUCACCAAUAAGGACGUGGAGUCUCUGAAGGGGCUGUACCGCAUCAUGGCCAACGGUUUUGCCGGCUGCGUGCAUUUUCCCCACAGCGCUCCGUGCGAGGUGCGAGUCCUGAUGCUGCUCUACUCGUCCAAGAAGAGGAUCUUCAUGGGUUUGAUCCCCAACGACCAGAGCGGCUUCGUCAACGGCAUCCGCCAAGUCAUCACCAACCACAAACAAGUGCAGCAGCACCGUUCAAUGAACACUGGCGGUCAGAUGCAGUCCGGUCAGGUCCCACCCACACAGAACUUCCUCAACCGGCCGCCCGGCCAAAUCCCCGUCACCCACGGCAACGUGCAGCAGCAGUCUGUGGUGGUGGGCAUGACUCCCGUUAGUCAGGUCGCCAUGAUGGACGAGCAGCAGAGACAGAACAACAUGCUGACGAUGAGGGGGGCGGCGACGGCCAAUCAGCAGCCGCCGGUCGUCGGGGCUCCACCGAAUCAGGUGGCGCAGGGCCAGGGUCAGGCCUCGGGCGCCAUGCUGCGCCUGCCCAACCCGGGAGCCAAUCCGCAGCUUCGCAGCCUCCUCCUGAGCCAGCAGCAGCCGCAGAACUCGGUGUCUCACAUGCCGGGCAUGCUCCCUCUUCAGGGCCUGAACCAGCAGAUGGUGCAUCCUACAGCAGGAGGGGCUCAGAUCCAGCCCCAGUGGAGACAGCCCAUGCCAGGUCAGAUGAUGAUGAACGGACCGAGGGGCCCCGUCCCUCAGAACCCCGGCAUGGCUCAGGUCUCCAGCGUCAUGGAGGACGAGAUUCUAAUGGACCUGUUGUGAGGACUGCGUUACCCAGAAUUCCACACUGCAGCCCUACUCCUUACUCUUUAUACUUUUGCUCUGGAGGACAGAAAGCAGGAGGUUAGGUACAGCGCUCCACACAGAUUGAACACCGGCUCCUCUCGAUCCUGAACCCUGAACCCCUUGUGUGCUUAAAUACGGAGUCUUUACGGUUCUGGAGAGAAGAGAACGUCACAGGAACGCUUCGGUUGCAGAAAUGUUUGGACAGGCUGUGAGAUAAAAUGAUGACAUUUGUAGUAUUUGGGAUACAGAUUUCCUUUUUCGUGCCACGCCUUUUCUCCUGGUUACGCCUUUGUUACCAUUCCCAAAAUUCCCAUUUGGGGGGAAAAGUCUCAGAUAUUUAAAUAUUCUGCAGCGCGUCGUUGUGCAUUUUUUUUCUCCCGGUCUGCGGUUUGAAUGUUCGGGGGUUCGGGAUCGAGACCCGGUGUUUGCGUGUUCCACCGGGAUGAAUUUUGCUCCUUUCACAUGGUUGUAUUUUUUAUGGAGCUUUUACUUUCGGAUGGUUUUUAUGUUUCUUAAGUUGCGCGCCGUUGUUUUAUGGAGAUGAAAUAAAGAUGAUUCGUUUUUGUCCGACAA